AUGGCGCUCUGUAUUCCAAUCACUUGUGGCACUCACGAGUUCACCUCGAUGCUAGAGGGAUAUGAGAAUGUCCGCGCUUAUUGCUACAAUUGCCGGAAUUGGAAUGGACACUGCAUCACCCGGUGGCCUUUUUUCACUGUCUGCUUCGUCCCCAUAAUUCCUCUCUCAACUCACAAGUACAAGGAGGUCUUGUGCUACACCUGUCGCUUUUCGCAGGAUCUUCGCGAUCGGACUGACAUUACACCUGAUACUCGGCCGCCAGCAAUGCCAAACUAUCAAUGGGGUCCCCCAGGCCUGCAACAACCUCCUCAAGCUCAUGGGGCUGCAGGGCCUCCGCCCGAAGCUCAGAAAGGCCAACCACCACCGCAGCAUCAAGGUCCAGUUGACUAUAAGUGA